AUGGAAAAUAUUGAUGAGAAAACAUAUGGGUACAUCCCAAAACUAAUUGAUCUAUAUAGUAAUAUUAGCAAUAUAUCUACAUUGCAUAAUGAUACUUGGAAAAGUGAUGAAAAUAAAAACUUUUGUAAUGAGUUAGAAAAAUUUCAAAAACGAAAUAAUGUCGCCAUGAAAUCAGUAAAUAACUGUGGUGACGAACAUAAAUAUUUAUCAUCAUUCCAAGAUUCUCCUAUAGUAGCUGUCAGUGUAAUUCCAAUUAUUAUCAUGUAUGUAAUAUCUUUUAUAUUAUUUAUAUCGUGCAAAAUAAGUGCCUAUUUUGUGCAUAAAUGA